CGGAGAGUUGCAGCGAAUCAGAGCUCCAUACUGCAAAGCUCCUGCUGUCACUCCCCAUCGGCCGAGCUGUCAGUUGACAGCCCCACACAUGAACAUAAAUGCUGCUGAAGUAGAGUUGACCACCCGCUGACGUUAUCUCGUCCUUCGCUCAUCUUUUUUCCCCUCCUCCUCCCUUCCUUUUCUUCAAAGAACAUUUCAGGAUACACCUCUGUCAUCUCUACGGACUGACCACAAACGCGUAGGAGGAGAAGGAGGAGGACUGGGCUGCAUGCUAGUAGCUAGCAGCUGGCUAGUAGCGUUAGUUAGCUUGCAGAGCAGUGGAGGCUCGCGGGCUGGUGGAGUCCUCAGUGCCGCUUCAUUUGAUGAACGAAGGUCGGUGGGGCUUAUGCUAGCUGGGAGUACAGAGCAAGCAGAUAGGCGUUUCGUAUUAUUUAUGUCUUGUCUUGGUAAGCUUUUGUGAGACUUGAUAGUUUAUUUGUUAGUAUAAUACACUGAGUUUUUACGUUUCUGUUAACGUUUCUUAGUUUUAGAAAAUUUAUCGUUUGCUAGCUAGCUAGCUAGCUGCAGGCUAAUCGUUUUUGCUAAUGCCAGCUCAGUGUUAGCUUGACUUGCAGGGGUGCGGAGCGCUCCAGACCAGUCAAGGAAGGAAGAGCUGCGAUGUGGGCUGGGAUAACUUAUAGAUGAAUUUAAAUUUAGUCACAUUCAGAGUUCCUGAACUUGGACCGUAUUUUUAAAUACAUUUUGUGAGGGGCUAAAAAAAGAAGGAGCGGCUUCGACCACUUUGGCUUGCAAGCUGAUUAAAUGAGUAAUAUUGAUAUUGCUGAAUCGUGAGCUCUUGGCCGCCGUGCCAGCUGUAGGAGAAGACACUGCCAGCAUCGUCAACUGCAAUACCAGCCAUUGUGCUUCAACAUGGCUUCAGCCAGCAGCAUCGCCGCAUCUAUUGCGAGUAAAACGAAGACCAAGAAAAAGCACUUUGUUGCUCAGAAAGUGAAGCUCUUCCGUGCCAGCGAUCCCCUCCUCAGCGUGCUUAUGUGGGGAGUAAACCACUCGAUAAACGAGUUAAGCCAUAUUCAGAUUCCCAUUAUGCUCAUGCCAGAUGAUUUCAAGGCCUAUUCCAAGAUUAAAGUGGACAACCAUCUAUUUAACAAGGAGAACAUGCCCAGCCAUUUUAAGUUCAAGGAGUACUGCCCCCUGGUGUUUCGAAACCUUAGGGAGCGGUUUGGCAUUGAUGAUCAGGAAUUCUCGAACUCUCUGACACGCAGCGCUCCUUUGAACAGUGACGCUCAGGGCCGCAGCGGCGCCCGUUUUCACACGUCUUACGACAAACGCUACGUCAUCAAGACUAUUAGCAGCGAAGAUGUGGCAGAAAUGCACAACAUUCUAAAGAAAUACCACCAGUUCAUUGUGGAAUGCCAUGGCAACACACUGUUGCCUCAGUUUCUGGGGAUGUACCGACUCACAGUGGAUGGAGAUGAGACCUACAUGAUUGUUACACGCAAUGUCUUCUCCCACCGCCUGUCUGUUUACAAGAAAUAUGAUCUCAAGGGUUCCACUGUAGCAAGAGAGGCCAGUGACAAAGAGAAGCAGUCAACCCUACCAGAGGAUGUGCCCCCUCGGCCCAAAUCUGGUAAUGUUCAGCAAAGGCUGCAAACACUGCGGAUUGCCACGCGCUUUUACUGUGCCAUGAAACACGUAAGAGAUGCUAAGGAGCUGCCCACCUACAAGGACAAUGACUUCAUCAAUGAUGGGCAGAAGAUCUACAUUGAUGGAGAGAACAAGAAAAUGUUCCUGGAGAAGCUUAGAAAGGAUGUGGAGUUCCUGGCCCAGCUGAAGCUCAUGGACUACAGUCUGUUGGUGGGGAUUCACGACGUUGAGCGAGCAGAGCAGGAGGAGGUGGACAGUGAGGAUAACGAAGCGGAGGAUGACGGUGAGAGCGACGGAGGGGGAGUCGGAACGCCCCCCGACAGUCCCAGCAACACUCUGGACAGCACCAAGCCUCUGUCGCCGGGAGAGUUCGAUCCCUCCAUCGACGUCUAUGCCAUCAAAAGCAAUGAUAGUGCUCCCAGAAAGGAGGUUUACUUCAUGGCUAUUAUAGACAUCCUCCAGCAUUACGAUGCCAAGAAGAAAGCUGCUCACGCCGCCAAGACGGUCAAACAUGGGGCCGGUGCGGAGAUCUCCACGGUGAACCCAGAACAGUACUCCAAGAGGUUCUAUGAUUUCAUCACCACCAUCCUGUCUUAGCCUCCAGAGCAAUCGAGGCACAGAUGCACAUGGGAGAGGGAGGGCGGGUGGAGAGUGGGGUGGAGAGGAGUACCAUAGAGGCGGAGUUUUAACAAGGUGCUGUUGUGAUGGCUUCGUAUCACUCUCCCUCAUCCAUCCUCCUCAUCCCUCGCUUCUCUCUGUUUCAGUGGGGUGCCGCACUGCAGCUAAACAAAACAUUGUUUGUUUACAUUCUUUGUUUGGUUCUAUUUGUGUUACUUUGGUUCUUCAAAGCUUGUCCAAGUCAUUACAUUUUAUAUACAAGCUGUUGUUUUUUGCUUUAAAUGUGGGGGAUCUGGAUUUUUUCCCCUUUUGUUGUCGUUCCUAACACAAAACGGAGUUCUUCAUUUUUGUUUGAAUGUUUAUCAUUGUUGUGAUGUUCACUGGGAUGUUGGCGAGGCUGUGACGUCUCUACAGGGCGAGCACAGGCCCAAUGCAGGCUUUUAUGGGAGAUCAGUGGAGUUCCUCUUAAACGGAGAAGGCCUGGAGGGAGUGGAACCUUUCCUAAUGCAAAUCGCUUCUUUUCAGGAAGUAGGAAGCAGUCUUCCAACAUGCCAAGAGCCCUCACGCAUUCCCCCAAAAAACAUGCAAGCACUCAGCCAAACAAAUCCUUCCCCUGAACACCCUCAGCCCCUCUUUAAUGUGUUUUUUUUAUUUUUUUGCCGCAGUACUUCUUUGCUGAAUUGCAAUGUUUGUUUACACCUUAGUGGUUUCUCUUUGAAAUGCAGUGACUUAUAAUUGGUUAAAGGGAAGGACGUCUGUCCGUAAAACGAGGGGACCAAUCUGAUUGGCUGUCGUCUCUCCUGUUACUCGCUCUGAAAACAUCCAGCUUCCUGCUCCUGCUGCAGAGAACAUGAAGUCAGUCAUCAGAGUGUCUUCACAUAGGGUGCCGCAACGAAACCCAACUCCGACCGCACCUUCUGAUUCCAAACUGAUGCACUUUUCAUUAUCAUUAGGAGCUACUUUCUGUUAGAUCCUGCAGAUGUGAGACAGACCAACAGAAGAAACAAACCGUGUCCGGUCUUCCUCCGUGUCUCACUGCUUUUCUGCUUCUUAAGGGUAGGAACACGUUGCUGCGCCAUUCAGUCCAGAGAGGACAACGUUGUGCAGAUGUGAAUUAGAAAAGCAGCUGUUCCUACCCUUUAAGAAGCACUCUGUGGGCUGGUAGCACUUGCAUUUGGGGACCAGGCUUUAGCUUCAGGGCACACAUAAGGCAGUUUACCUCCAGCACACACCCACUGUUCACGAGGGGUGUGUGUGUGUCAGUAUUUAAAAGUUGGAAUGGGGAGGGGGGCCUUCAGUAAAGUAGCUAAAGAUGUGUUGGUCAUUAAUUAAUGCCAGUUGUAAGGCUUCUAUUUGUUUGCUCUUUUUUAAAGUGAAUUAUCUGUGUUAUACUUUGUGUUUUUUCUGUUUUGUUUUUUUAUUUUUGUAUAUUUUGCACAAGAAGAAAGGAACCAAAUGUUACGAAUACGACCCCAGUUACUCAACAUGGUCUUAACAAGGGAAAUGCAAUAUACUUGUGUGAAAGUGCGAACGUUGUUUUUGUGUGUGUAUCACCUUUGGAUAACCAGCUAAAACAAACAAAAAAAAUGUAUUUGUUCUAACCUGUGCAAAAAACCCUCCAUUGCAAUGUCUGUUUAGAUUAAAUUUACAUUUAUAUUUUUACAUUGAAUUUUAGUCCUUAAAAAAAUGUUGUCGUAUUAAAUAUCUAUAUAAGCAAUCCCUUUGGAGUGAGUGCUGACGCUGUGGUGAUGAAGAAUGCUGUUUAAAUGUUUGCAAUUUACAUUGAAAAUGUUUUUUAAAAAAAUGCAUGGCACAAAGUUAAGUCCCGCCCCCUCCCUCACACACCUUCAGUCUGUGUUGUCCUGUGUAUCCCUCCACUUUAACCACAUGUAUAGGAUGUUUGGCAGUAAAUAGUCCCUUGCUUUAGACAACUGUUUUGCAUUGUAUACACUGUGCAAGAUGUGUGCCUUUUUACUCCAAAUUAUUUAAUUUUAUAUUUUAACGUUUUGUUUUUUUUAAACAAAUGUAAAAGGUUAUUUGAGUAAUACUUUGACGUAUUAUUUUCAGCUCUUAUUUUCCUGUUUUUUUUUUGUUUUUUUUUUUGAGCACCUGUGUAUUUGUUGUUGUUUCUCCGUCAGGUCAAUAAAAUCGUUUCAAGGAUUGUGUUCUAAGAUACAAAGUGAGUGUUGUGUUUUGCUUUGGUUUCUGUGGAUCAUGGUUGUAGUGUGUGUAUCCAUCCUCUUCCUCGUGUCGGCCUUCACUUGUGUCUGGCUGCUCCUGCCUUCUUUAAGAAUGUGUGUUUGUGCUGUGGCUGUUCUCUGCUGUGCUCUCCCCCUGCAGUCCAUCAGCAUGUUACAUUUACCACCAAACACACACACCUGCGGUUUUAUUCUUCAUCAGCUUCCAUCCGUUCGUUUUUGCUCUGCUUUGGUGUGAUCUUUCCUGAAGCGACUGUCGUCUUUCCCUGUUGUUGUCGGGAGGUUUUCAUUUCCCCCUGUGAGGGGUCUGUGAGCGCUGGUGUUCUUUAACUGUGAAGGAUUGUCUAGUUCAAACUGUACAUUGGGUUGUGUCCUAAAAAAAAAGGAGGGAUGAGGGAACACUGUUGUCUUUCUUGCUUGCCUUUUGCUUUCUUGUUUUUGUUUUUACCAAGUGAGUUUUUGGGAGUUCAGUUCUGUCAGGAGCAUGUCCUCCAGCUUCUUACUCUUGUGACUUCUGAUAAACUGAGCUCCUUCAGUGCCCCCCACCCCAACCAGCUGACCUGCUGCCACUUGUGUGUCAAAAGCACCUCAGCAGUCGCAGGGCUCCCACGUUUGUCUUUUUGUUGAAGCUGAAUCUGUUGUAAUAGAUGGAGUAAAGUGUGCAGUAAACGUUAUGGAAACGCUGUCGAUUUGAUUUCUCGUGCUGAAGGGAAACUGAUGAAAGACCAGACGUGAGACGGACUAAGAAGAAAGCUCAGAAACGGCGUGAUCGCUGGAAAUGGACAUGCUCACCUGCACAGCUGCCUUGGUCUGGGCGGCCUCACCGCGUGAGUGUGGGUUUGCCGACGGCCGUGGUCAACGCUUCCCUUCAGCAGCAGAGGCCAAACUGAUCUGUGUGUGUUUGUUGUUCUUCACAUUUAAUGAUAAUAAGAAAACGCUCCGUUCCAUACAUUCACUCAGACCAAUUAAAGCACUUGUUCUGCUUAAA